AUGGGCAAAGCCGCCGUUGGAGUAGAAAAGGGAGCUCGUCGAAGCACUGGACGAGGUGGUGGGGCCCACACCAGCAUUAUAAGAUCUGUGUCCAAAGCAGUCGAGAGAGAUUUUCGGCGGCGAAAUAGCCACCGUGACAGAAGACGAAAGCUGGCCGGAAUCCGGGUCCGCAAUUUCUGCGAAGACUUAAAUUUUACGGACAUAAAUGCCCUCGGGAUCAGCCCUCGUACAGAAAAAGGCAGUCAAAUGAUUAUUAGAUCAUUCAACUCCCCCACCAAAGAAGGGCAUUUCAGUCAAUUAAAUGUAUAUAAUCAUAAUUUUGACUACGAACCUGCUGCACUGCUGGCAAAACCGCUGGGUGAGUCCGGCAGCGAUGACGGUGGCGGCCUUGGAGUGGAACUCACACACCUUGUGGCGGCGGUGGUAGUGCUUGGCGUGGCUCAGGUCCGCGUGGCAGCCCUCGGCCUGGCACCUGGGCGAGUUGCCCGAACCGGAGUCGAGGAUCCUGGACCGGCGGUAGAGCCGGUUCACGAAGUCGUCCUCCGACGAGGCGAAGUAGGUCCGGCCGCCGAGGUUCAGCCCGAUCCUGCUGCUGUACUCCACGGCGUUGAACUCCAGCCCGCCCCCGACCACCGCCGGCUCGGUUUUCGGGACCACCAAGAAUCCGUUCGGCCCGGCCGGCUCGAGGGUCAGCAUCGGCGGCGGCUGGUGGUGGGAGUAGGAGGUGGCGGACGCGCCGUAGGUGGCGCGUGGGUCGUAGAAUGGGGUGGUGAAUUGGGGGUUUGGGUUCUGCGGUGGGGGGAAAGGGAGGUGGCCGCCGCAGACGCCACCUCCGGCGGCGACGAAGUGGGUUUCCGUGUUGAUGAUGGCGGCGGCGGUUUCCGGGAAGUUUUGGGCGGCGUAAGGGUUGAAGACGUGGCGGGUCGGCUCGGGAUCGUGGGGGCUAUCGUCGCCGGAGAGCAUGAUCGGCGGCGGUUCAUUCUCUGCUUGAUUGCUAAUCAAGCGGGCAUGGCUAGAUAUGAUAUAUCUGCAUAUGAUGAAAUGAAUUAUUAUUGCUAA